UCCUUAAUAUUAGAGUAAGAGGUAUCUACUAGGGUAGCGCGCCUCAUCUUAAAAUAAAUCUUUGCUUACCAGCGGGCGAGGUUGGUGAUGAAUAGGGAAGCCCCUAUUGUUCUUAAAAUCAUGUCAUUUGCCUUACUACAAAGAAGUUUCUACAGAAACAAAUUGAAUUGUAAUUCUCAUACUAUUUGUACGAGGAUAAAAACGCAAUUAACUACUUCAUUUAAUAAUUCAUAAUUUUCAUAGAGGUUCAAAUUAUAUAAAAAAUAUAUACCCACUUAUGAUGUUUGUAAUGCCAUAUUUUGUAGGUACAAUGUCGUCCAUCAGACACAGCGGCUAAUGCAACAGCAUCCGACCACUCUAACUUGUUUGUGGGAAACACGACAGCAUCAAACGACACGCGCCUGGGGUCCUUCGUAUCACAGCUGGGUAAUGUUGAGAAACAAAUCGACGACACCCUGGCAGCUAUAUCGCCUUUUAUUAAUUUCAUGUUCGAUACUGAGAGCGAUGGUGAAGAUGAUGACGAUGAAUGUGUUGAUCAAAUGAUCAUACAACUUGUCCCUCAAUAUAUUACUCCCAAAGAAGCUAAAGAGAUUGAAAAUGAAGCAGAGGAAUUGAAAGAACAAAAUGAACAAGCAAGUCUAUCAAAAGGAGAAUCUCAGGAUGAAGAUAUUCAACGCGAUGAUGAGUUAGAUGAUCUCUCGGAUUCCUCUGAAUCUAGUGAAGAUUUAGAUGAUGAUGAUAGUGAAGAAGAAGAAGUACUUCCAGGUUAUGACGAGUAUUAUCCAAGAUAUAGAAUUUAUGAUACUCGUGAUACUGUAUAAAUACACCUUUAUAAGAUAGGACGGGUUGGAAGCGUAUAGUAUUGUUUAUAAUGUUAGCUUAUAACAAUAGAAAAAUGUUUUUU